AUGGAUAGUCAUGCGAGUCCAAAUCUUAAUCAAGCUUUCAUCGAUCGAAACAAUCAUAUUACUAGACACACAUAUGGGCAAUCACUUGCGCUCGAAGAUGGGGUCGAUACAUUCAUCCCUUACAAGCCAAAAAGACCCAACCUUGUGACGAUUUGGACGCCCGAAGAUGAUAGAUUAUUAAUUAAAUUGGUGAAGAAGUAUGGCGAAAAGAAUUGGAUGAUUAUAGCCAAUAGACUAAAAAAGCGAACUUCUAGGCAGUGCAGAGAAAGAUGGAUCAACUAUCUGCGGCCUAACAUCAAGAGGGAUGCUUGGACGGAUCAAGAAGAGAGAAUAAUAAUUCUAGCCCAUCAGGAGCUGGGCAAUAAAUGGGUUGAAAUCGCGAAAAGACUGCCCGGAAGAACAGAAAAUGGUCUGAAAAAUCACUGGAAUUCAACUAAACGCAAGCUAUAUUCUGGGAGACCAUGGUGGUCCACGUUAGCCAAGAAAACCCCCUUGCAAGAAUAUAUUAAAUGCUUGGAAGAUCCAUCAUCAGAUGUAGAAUCAGUGGUGGCCGCACUGACCCAAAACCAGGAGAAUGGAAGCAACGAUUGUUCCAUGGCGUCAGUGAACUACACAAGCAUGCCUGCCGUUGGACCCAGGAGAUGCAGUGACAGCCACAUGAGCUUACAAGACCAUGGCACACAAAGUUCCCUCUCACAAAACUCCAUCAGAAACCUCACUCAGUCAUCAGCACCAGCAGCUCCGAUGACCCCUAUGAGCAUGCCUACUUUCGCAGACAGAGCGGCCAGAGACUGUCCCUCAGACUUCUCCGCCCUGGAUUUACAAAGCACCCUUUGGCAAAGCUACAGCAAAAGCAGCCAGUCGCCAGUAAUGGCAGCUGCAAUGGCGGCGACACCUAUUAGUAACUGGAAUGGUGGGUGCAAUAGUGGUUCAGUGGUAACAUUGCCCAGCUCCUACUUGCCAAACAACACUGGAAGCUUAACCCAGCCAUUAGCAGCAUCAGGAUCAAUUAUGGCAGCGCCCAAUGGAAAUUGGGAGAGCAGGUUUAACUAUGUUUCAGGGGCACCAAUGAACCUCACAAGCAUGCCAGCUAUUGAACUUGGUAACGGCAAAGGCACCGAUUUACAGUCCUCCUGCGUGCGAAAUCAGUUGUCGGUUAUGGUAACAUCAGCAAUGACAGCACUUACCGAGAACCGAGACAAUGGAUCUAACAAUGGUUUGGUGAUUCCAAAUACCCUCACAAGCAUGCCUGAUAGUGUGGUCGAAGUUGGCACAGGCUUGUCUUCCACCAAUUCAGCAAGCUCUCUCUUGGAAAACAACUUCAGAAGCUUGGGCCAGCCCUUUGUGGCAGCAACUCCAAUUGGAGACCAAGAGAGUGGAUGGAAUAUUAAUAAUGUGGACAAUGACUUGGACUUCAUUACCAAUUUUGACUUCAACAACAUGCCUGAUUUUUGGUCCACAGAGGUGUUGCCUAAUAGGAAUGAGGACACCGAUGGCACCAGAACUGAUUCUAUCAGGCAGCAAGUCCUAGCUUGGACAUCCGUAUUUGUCAAGGAACCAACUGGAAAUCCGGAGAGUGGAUGGAACAGUGGUUUGAUGGCACCAACAACCCUCACAAGCAUGCCUCAUAUCGGACCCAAUAUGGGCGAAGACGAUGUCACGGAUUUGUUCACCUACGGUUCUCCAAGAUCCCACUUGCAAAACAACCUCGGAAGCUUGGAUCAGCCAGCAGCAUUGGUAGCUCCAAUUGGAAGCCAAGAGACUGGAUGUAAUAACGGUUCCAUGGCGACAACGACCGCCAUGAGCGUGCCUGCUACUGAACACUAUUUUGACAAGGAUCAUCUCAACUCCAUUGCCAGUUUGGAGCUUGAUAACAGUUUUAAUUUUGUGUCGGCAGAGAUGCUCGCUGAUUCGAAUGAUGGUAUCAGUUUUGCUAAUACCAAUUCUAUUAGGCAGCAGGUCCAAGCUUCGGCAUCAUCAGUGAUGGGGGUGACCGCUGGAAAUCAUGAGAGUGGAUGUUUAAUGGCACCAAUGGCCCUUGCAAGCAUGCCUACCACUGAGUUUAAUAUGGCAGAAAAAGAUGUCACAAACUUGUUCGCCUCUGAAUCAACCAGCUCCCUUUGGCAAAACAAAAGCAGAAGCUUGGACCAACCAUCCACAAUGGCAGCUCCAAAUGGAAAUCAGGAGAGUGAAUAUAAUAAUCGUUCAAUGGCAUCGACGACCAUCACAAGCAUUCUUGCUACUGAACCUGGUAUGCACGAGAACGAUGACAUGCCGGAUUAUAUGAUCGCAAAGGUGUCAUCUGAUAAGAACGAAGACUUCAGUUGCACCAAUAUCGACCAGCCAAGGAAAGACCCUUUAGCUGAAAAGGGCUGUGGAAUGGUGGUGGAAAGCAGCACCAUUGAUUGGGGUCUUGAUGACUUGCCUGAUUAUAUAUUCAUGGAGGUGUUGCCUGACGGAGAUAAUGAUUCUAGUAACACCUACACUAACCAGCCUCAUCGAGGCCCUUUGACUGAAGAGGGAUGUGAGGUGGAGAUGGAGAUGCUGCUUCAAGGAGAUGAUGAAAUCAAUUGCACCAACGUUGAGCAGUCAAUAGGAGGUCCUUCAAUAGAAAAUAGUUGUGGGAUGGAGAUGGUGGGAAGUAGUAAUGUAGCUAACCGGGCCUGUGAUGACUUGCCUUACAUGGUCACGGAAGUGUUACCUCAGAGAGAUAAUUUCAGUUGGACCAACACUGAUCAACCAAGGGAAGAUGCUUCAGAGAAGGGCUCUGGGAUGCAGAUGGUAGGAAAUAACGCAGCAGAAAAGAUGGCAUGUGAGAAUGAGAAGAGGAAUCUGAACCAAAGGGACAUAGACCUGCUGGAAAUGGUGUCCUUCAACAAAUUCAAUACCUGGGGUUCUAUGAUAUGACUUUAACCCCAUUGUCAAAUGAUUGAAUUGGAGGGAAGUGUUCU